AUGUCCGGUUAUGGCGAUCCUGUAACUUCGGCGACCACGAUCAGGCCGGUCAUGCUGAGGCAUGUCAUGGAGGGUGGAGCUCCCAAGGUGCAGGUGUUCGUUCCCACGGAGGGCGUCCGGCGGGUCCGCCUGCUCCGGAUGCGCUUGUCGACCAACCCGCCUCAGUUGGAAACGGUGAGAAUCAACCAACAAGAGCUGGAGGCUGGGAUGCCCCCCGAAGUGCCAGGAGUCUAUACGAGUAACUGGAACAUCGACGCCAGGGUUCAGCCAGACGGCACGGAGUCGGUGAGACUGUAUGUGUACAUCGCCGACUCGGUCAGUCCGUUCAACCUCGACACCACCUCGCCUUUGCGCCUUACGACGACCACCAAAUACCUUAAAAUGAUCGACGCGGACCGCUAUCCCUACCAGCAGGAUUGGAGCGUCAGGCCCUCCCGGACUCUUUCCGCAGAGCUCAAUCUCGGCAACCGCAGCAGCAACUGCCCCCACGUGGUCAAAGUGAGGGCCUGGGCCCCGGAGCUGGCCAAGUGCGGCCUGUCGCUCGACGCUCUGUGCAUGAAACCGGAGGGCCGGUACUCCAUGGAUACGAUGGAGGGGUGGUUAGCCUGGAAGCAAGGCGUCCUCAACAUCGGCCCCGACUGCGCCGCGCUGCUGCACGAUCUCGAGGUCUGCUGUGACGAAAGGGACCACUCGUUGGCCACCCGUGAAGACGCCGAUCCCUGGCUGCGCCAGAUUCCCUUCUCCGAUUUCCGCGAGGCCUUGUUCGACUGCGUCGAGUCGCUUCCCGAUUCGCUCUGCGCCUGGCAUCAUGUGGAGAACUUCUACACGGCCGAUGUAGCUGGACCCGUGACCCAGCGCCGCGUCUUCUCGCUCAAGUCGCUGUGCGAUCGCCUGUUGUUCUCCGAGCACGAGCUGCGGCCCUACCUCUGGGAGGUGUACAGGUCGUGCCUGGCCCCCAGGCUCUAUUCCGACCAGAUCUGGCUCAUCGAUGGCGAGCAGUGGCAGACCCGCGGCUACCCGGCGUCCGGCUCCUACUUCGAACCCGAGGCCUACUUGUCCGAGAUGUGCAUCGAAGGACCCUGGGGCUACUUUGGCGAUACCUGGGACUUCCCCGCAUCCCCCUACAACUCGAACGGCAUCAUGGGCAACCUAGACCGCUUUUCCAAUGAGCUGCCCUCGGAUGUGAUCCUACCUGGGCUCCCUGGAGGAGAGUCAUGCCCGUCCCGCCGGCCCUUGUCUGUGACCCUAGCCCCGGAGCAGGGAGUCGCCCUUGACGGGACCGGCACGGGCGGCGGCGGCGACGGCACGGGCGGCGACACGGAAGGCGGGAGCAGCACGACCGGCGAAGUCCCCGUUGCGGACGACACCACGUGCCGCCGGUCGGCUGGCGACGGCACGGGCUGCCCUUGA